UUCCUCUCCUGGGCGACAGGGGCCGCUGUGCUCGGCGGGCGCUGACAGGUUCCUCUAGCCCGCGGCCCCGGCUGCUCGCUGGUGCCUAUAAGUGGCAGCGCUGGUCUGAGCGAGGCAUCAGUCCGCUGCCGCCCAGGCUAGGGUGGGUCGUGGAGCUGGAGCAGGUCGUAGAGGAACUUCAGCAGGGCCGGGCGGAGCGUGGCGCCUUGCUGGGGUCGCCAGGAGGGGCGUGUUGCUGCCGGCCUGCCGCGAGCCGCCCCCAGCCCGCGCCGAAGCGCCUUCCCGCCAGGCCGUCUGCCUCUGCCUUCCGCCUCCCUUCACCCUCCAUUUCCCCGGAUUCUCAGCCCGGCGCACCUGGACCCCGGCCCUCCUUUGGGUGUGGAAGCUCCUGGCCGCUUUCCCGCUUCACUCCUUCCUUCCAGGCUGGGCGUCCAGCCCCCUCCCUCCUUUCCUGGACCGGGUCUCACCCGCUUCGUUGCCUUUCCUUUAGCGCAGGCUCCCUCCACCUUCCCUUUGCCGAGUCCCAGCGCCCCGGUCACUUUCCUCAGUCAAAGUUCCCAUCCUUUUCUCUUCCUUUUCCUCGUCUUGGGUCCCGCUUGUCCUGACCCUUCCUCUGUCUCUAGGUGUAUUCUCUCCUAUUGUGCUGUCUCCGAUCUGGAGUUCCAGACCCUUUGGUCUUCCGUGGUCCGUUCUGGUUUUUUUUUUUUUUUUUUCCUACUUCCCUAGUUUGGAGUUUCAGAUUGUGAACCCAGCUUCCCUCCACCCCUAAAGGACUACUUGCAGGAAAGUACCACUCUAAAACAUGGACUUUUCCUAGAGACUGCUCCCGUCUCUUCUCCCACCUACUGCCCCUGCUACCUAUGUCUCAGAUCUUGCUCUCACUUCACUAAGGGUUGAGGCCUGCCGGGCUGGGGGAGCAGCAGGAUGCUUCGGUGGUCUGGCAUUUGGGGGCUGUCCCUGCCUCGGAUCUUCCCCUCCUUGCUGGUGAUGGUUGCCUUGGUGGGCCUGUUACCGGUCCUCAGCCCCACUGCCAGCACCAUCCCCGGGUCUGAGCCACCUCGGGAACGCUCGAUUGGGGAUGUCACUACCGCCCCACCGGAGACGACACACCACUUAGGGAGCCAUCCUGAGAACCAUUCCGUGGAACAUGGCUCCAAGCAUCGAAAGGCCUUUCCCGUCCUGGGCAUCGACUACAAACACGUGCGCACACCCUUUGAGAUUUCCCUCUGGAUCCUGCUCGCCUGCCUCAUGAAGAUAGGUUUCCAUGUGAUCCCCACUAUCUCGAGCAUCGUCCCGGAGAGCUGCCUGCUGAUCGUGGUGGGGCUGCUGGUGGGGGGCCUGAUCAAGGGCGUAGGCGAGACGCCCCCCUUCCUGCAGUCAGACGUCUUCUUCCUCUUCCUGCUGCCGCCAAUCAUCCUGGAUGCGGGCUACUUCCUGCCCCUGCGGCAGUUCACAGAGAACCUGGGCACCAUCCUGAUCUUCGCCGUGGUGGGCACACUGUGGAAUGCCUUCUUCUUGGGCGGCCUCAUGUUUGCCGUGUGCCAGGUGGGCGGUGAGCAGAUCAACAACAUCGGCCUGCUGGACACCCUGCUCUUUGGCAGCAUAAUCUCGGCUGUGGACCCGGUGGCUGUGCUGGCCGUCUUUGAGGAGAUCCACAUCAAUGAGCUGCUGCACAUCCUUGUCUUCGGGGAAUCCCUGCUCAAUGACGCCGUCACUGUGGUCCUGUAUCACCUCUUUGAGGAGUUUGCCAACUACGACCGCGUGGGCAUCGUGGACAUCGUUCUCGGCUUUUUGAGUUUCUUCGUGGUGGCCCUGGGCGGGGUGUUUGUAGGUGUGGUCUACGGGAUCAUCGCAGCCUUCACCUCUCGAUUCACCGCCCACAUCCGCGUCAUCGAGCCGCUCUUCGUCUUCCUCUACAGCUACAUGGCCUACCUGUCAGCUGAGCUCUUCCACCUGUCAGGCAUCAUGGCACUCAUCGCCUCAGGAGUGGUCAUGCGUCCCUACGUGGAGGCCAACAUCUCCCACAAGUCCCACACCACCAUCAAAUACUUCCUGAAGAUGUGGAGCAGUGUCAGCGAGACCCUCAUCUUCAUCUUCCUUGGCGUCUCCACUGUGGCUGGCUCCCACCACUGGAACUGGACCUUCGUCAUCUGCACGCUGCUCUUCUGCCUCGUGGCCCGGGUGCUGGGUGUGCUGGGCCUGACCUGGUUCAUCAACAAGUUCCGCAUUGUGAAGCUGACCCCCAAGGACCAGUUCAUCAUCGCCUACGGGGGCCUUCGAGGGGCCAUCGCCUUCUCCCUGGGCUACCUCCUAGACAAGAAGCACUUCCCCAUGUGUGAACUGUUCCUCACUGCCAUCAUCACUGUCAUCUUCUUCACCGUCUUUGUACAGGGCAUGACCAUCCGGCCCCUGGUAGAUCUGUUGGCUGUGAAGAAAAAGCAAGAAACCAAGCGCUCCAUCAACGAGGAGAUCCACACACAGUUCCUGGACCACCUUCUGACAGGCAUUGAGGACAUCUGUGGCCACUAUGGCCACCACCACUGGAAGGACAAGCUCAACCGGUUCAACAAGAAGUACGUGAAGAAGUGCCUGAUAGCCGGGGAGCGCUCCAAGGAGCCGCAGCUCAUCGCCUUCUACCACAAGAUGGAGAUGAAGCAGGCCAUCGAGCUGGUGGAGAGCGGGGGCAUGGGCAAGAUCCCCUCUGCAGUCUCCACAGUCUCCAUGCAGAACAUCCACCCCAAGUCCCUGCCUGCCGAGCGCAUCCUGCCAGCGCUGUCCAAGGACAAGGAGGAGGAGAUCCGAAAGAUCCUGAGGAACAACCUGCAGAAGACCAGGCAGCGGCUGCGGUCCUACAACAGACACACACUGGUGGCUGACCCCUACGAGGAGGCCUGGAACCAGAUGCUGCUCCGGAGACAGAAGGCCCGGCAGCUGGAGCAGAAGAUGAACAACUACCUGACGGUGCCCGCCCACAAGCUGGACUCACCGACCAUGUCUCGGGCUCGCAUUGGCUCAGACCCGCUGGCCUACGAGCCGAAGGCAGACUUGCCGGUCAUCACUAUCGACCCAGCCUCCCCGCAGUCGCCCGAGUCUGUGGACCUGGUGAACGAGGAGCUGAAGGGCAAGGUCUUGGGGCUGUGCCGGGACUCGGUCUCAGUGGCCGAGAACGAUGAGGACGACGAUGGGGGCCUUACGAUGCGGACCAAGGAGCCUUCGUCCCCAUGCACCGAUGAUGUCUUCACCCCUGGGCCAACUGACAGCCCCAGCUCCCAGAGGAUACAGCGCUGCCUCAGUGACCCAGGCCCCCACCCCGAGCCUGGGGAAGGAGAGCCAUUCAUCCCCAAGGCGCAGUAGCACCAGGGCCAGGGGUGGCGCCCGUCCCACGACAGACUCUCCCACCAGAGCAGGGGCUGGAGUGGACCUGGGGGGCUCCCCUCGCCCUUCCUGACCGGGACUGGCCCUGCCCCACCCCCCACCGCAUGGCAGCUGGGCCCACAGCCCCCACGCAGCACGGCUUCCUCCUGCCUCCUGGGAAGCAGCCCCCAUCCACCGGAACUGCCUUCCCAAUCCACUUGGCAGAACUGCUGGGCUGGCGAUCCAGGCCCUGCCCUUGCCCAGAUCCAGGCCCACCAUGCCGGACCAGGGCCCAGGCUGGAGUCUCCCGGGCCAUAAGGCCCCUCCCUGCAUUCCACCAUCCACCUGUUCAGACCAACCUAACCAAAGAGCCUCAGGCUCCACCGUGGUCCUACCCAGGAAAGGAAGGAGCUGGCACCCUCCCGGCCCUUGGCCAGGCCCUCCUCUAUUGGGGGAACACCACGGACAGGUGGCUGGGCGAGAAUUCAGUGACCCGGGCAGUCCCACCCCACUCUUGCCGGCCAUGUCACCCUGGUCAGCCACCUGAGCCGUCCUCAGAGCUGCAGGCUGAGGGCUCCUCUGGGGAGCUGGGGCUCUUCGGACAGUGAAGCGACUUGCGUGACAGGGACCACUGGCCCUGCCUGAGGCUGUUCCCCGUGGAGAGACUGUCUGGGGCCCUAGAAAGUGCUGCCUUUUUAUGUUUUGUUUGUCCUCACUUCUGUGUCCGAACCUGUUUGCACAGAGGCUCCUGGUUUUAGAGUGUGGGAAAAGCCCUCGCCCGUCGGGGCUCUGGCCCUCUCAGCUCUCAUUUGUGCCCAACACGCUCCCCCGAGUCAGCCCUCCACCGCGGCCGCGGCCUGCCCUGGUUCUCCAUUUUUGCAGGUGCAGGGCCUCCCAUCUCCUGCCUUCUUCUUUGCUCCUGACCCUCACUUCCUGCUGGGCUUUUUUGUUUCGUUUUGGUUUUUGGUGGUUCUGGAGACUGAACUGAGGGCCAUCUCACCGAGCUACCUCCCCAGCCUUUUUUUUUUUUUUCUUAAAAUUUUAAGACAGGGUAAGUUGCCCACACUGGGCUCAAACUUGCAGUCCUGCCUCAGCCUCCCCAUGCUGGGAUUACAGGUGUCCACCAUGCCCGGCUGGCCUUCUUAUUCCCUUUCACCAAAGUUCUCCCUCAUGUGCACACCCAGCUUGCUGUGGGGCCUAGCUCUGGGGAGAAGGCCUCCCCUGCGGGUCUCCUGCCCCGGCUGGAAUUUCUGGGGUGGACAAAGUCCUGGGUCACCAGAGGCCUUUGUUCCCAGGCACAUGCUCCCCACCCUCACCGCCACCAGGACUGGGCCCAGGCCUGCGGGUGGUCUCCCCUGGACACUCCCUCCCUCAGGAUCGUGCAAUAGUCAGAAAGUCCCUCUUCCAGGAGACACCACCGUGGGUGCUCAGCUCGUGUGCCCAUCUCCUCUCCAUGCAAGUGCUGUUUUGGGCAGGAGUCGCCACACCAGGUGACAUUGACAACCAUGUACAAAGCCACUGCAGCUGCUGCCGCUCUGCCGCCUGUACAGAAGAAACAACCUUUUUCAUAUUCUAAUAAAUCAAUGUGAGUUUUUGACAGAG